AUGCCCAAACGCAAACUCUCCGACGUGGACUCCGGUCCCAAGCGCACAUACAACGUGCAAACCAUGCGCCUGACGCAAAAGUUUGAGCAGGGCGUCGUCCUCCUAUCGCGAGCGCUGAAGGUCGCCAAGGGCUUUGAGAGGCAGAAAUUAUCGAGGAGAGAGAAAACCGCCAAGUCGCAGGGUAGCUCCGAGGCGUUGCAGAAAAUCGCUGAGGAGAUUGAUUUUAUCAAGAGUCUUGAUCCAACCGCUACGGCGCAAAAGUAUCUUUUCAAACAGCUGUUCAAGACGAAACGGAUUUCCGAGGCGCCUGCUUUUAUCCAGUUUAAAGAGUCGAAGAAUAUCUCUGCGGAGGGGCCGCGGAGUACGGCUGAGGCGAAUGUUACUGCGCGAUUAUAUAAGUCCAAUCCGGUGAAGAAUGCGUUUCCGAAUAUCAUGACCGAUAUUAAGAAGCUACUAGGGGUGGAGGACGUGGCUGGCGGCAAGAAGGAGAAGGGCAAGGAGGCUGGGUCAAAAGAAAGUGCGCCGAAGACGAAGACGGAACAGCGGGCUGUAUCCGUAUCGGAUAGCGAGCCGGAGGAUCCUAGAAUAGCUGCGGCAGUUGCGAAAUUCGAUGAGGAAAGUGAGGAAGAUGAGGAAGUUGAGGCAGCAGAUGAAGUCAUGAGCGAUGCAGAGAGUAUGGACUUUGCGCAAUUCGACUCGAGGCUUGCGCCGGGUUCGGAGGAUGAGGAUGAGGAAGGUGCAGAUGGUGCAGCGACUGAUGAUGGCUCCGACGGAGGCGUCAAUCUAAAAGCACCGUCUGACAUGUCUAUCUCCCGGUCUCCAUCACCGGACUCGCCGCCGGCUAAGAAGGCCAAGAGCAGCAAGGCAUCAAGUGCCCCGGCUACCAACACAACCUUCCUGCCUUCCCUAACCAUGGGUGGAUACUUUUCCGGGUCGGAGUCUGAACCAGAAGACAUCGAGGGACAACAACCACGCCGGAAGAAUCGAAUGGGUCAGCAGGCGCGUCGUGCCCUGUGGGAAAAGAAGUACGGCAGUGGAGCAAACCACGUAAAGCAGCAACAGAACCAGCAAAAGAGGAGUCGGGAUAAUGGCUGGGAUAUGCGCCGGGGUGCAAUGGAUGGCUCGGAAGGCCCGAGAGGAAGGCGAGGCCAGGGACGAGGUGGGCGGCCUCAGUAUGGUGGAGACCGUCCUCAGCGUGGUCCUCCCGUACAGAGGAAAAAGCCCGAGGAUGACAAGCCCCUGCAUCCUUCCUGGGAGGCAGCCAAGCGGGCUAAGGAGCAAAAGGCUACGGCUGCAUUCCAGGGUAAGAAGGUCACUUUUGAUUAA